UGAAAAUUACUUUCGGAAUUGUAUUGUGUUUGGCUCUUGCUAUGUCAAGCGCCUUCAGAAUUAGACAAGGAAAUGUCGCUGCUGAUAUUGGAGCUGGUGUUGCAGCUACUAACCAAGCCAUCACUGAUAGUGAAGAAUUCUUCAACGAUGCUGUCCACGGCGCUCAAGCUACUAUGGAGAACUUUGCUGGACAAGCUAUGAACAAUGCAGGAGCCCUCGCUGGUAUGAUGACUGGUGGAGUCCCCACUGGUGGAGCUCCCGCUGCUGGAGCCAGACUUCAGCAGUCUGCUGCUGAUGCUGCCAACGUUGCCACUGCUGAUGCUAGCACUCUCGCCACCGAUGCUACUACCGUUGCCACUGAUGCUGCCAACGUAGCUGCCGAUCUCGGGUCCCAGUGGGUCAACACAGCUACCAACUUCCUAGGAGGACUAGCCGGUACCAACGGUGGUGCAAGACUCCAACAAGGAAACCUCGCUAAUGACAUUAACGCUUUGAGCCAAGCCGCUCUCGGUGCUCUUCAUGAUACUAAUCAAGCUUUUGAUGAUGCUCUCGACCAGAGUGAAAUGAUUGCUAACAACGUUAUUUCAACCUCCGAGCAAGCUUUCGGAGCUAAUGGAGCUACCGUUGCUAACCCAGACAGACUCCAACAGGUUGACCCAGCAACUCUCACUCAAGAUGCCACUGAUCUUUCUAAUGACGCAGCUGCCGCAGCUAACGCUGGAAUCCAAACUUUCAACGACAUUGCCCAACAAGGACUCCAAGCCUUUAGCGGAUUUAUGGGAGGAGCUGCAGCACCAGCCGCCGCACCAGCAGCCAGAAGACUUCAGAGAUCCAACUAAGUUGCAAGUUCGAAGUAACGAUUUCUUAAGGAAACUUG